AUGCGAGGAAUUAUCUAUUUCUUCGUGAUAGCAUAUUGCUUCUUGGGAGUUUCCAUAGUUGCCGACCGCUUUAUGAGCAGUAUUGAAGUGAUCACAAGUAUGGAACGGAAAAUCAUUGUGAAACGACCAGGACUUGAUCCAAUGAUAGUACAUGUUCGUAUAUGGAACGAUACAGUAUCUAAUUUGACCCUCAUGGCUUUGGGUAAGUAAAA